AUGUCCAAGGACUUGUCAGCCGGGUUAUUUGCGUCUCGCUCGUCUUGCAUCUCGUGUUGUGUUAUGUACAAUGCUGUGGUGAGUGCUCGAUUGUCCAAACACCCAUGCCGGGCAAGUGUACCUGUGCGUGCCUCAGAUGCUGUCUUUCAGGGCACAUGCAAUGCCAAAGUCCUCAAUGCCACUUUUGCUCCCUGCCAGGGUGCUAGUAACUGGAUACAGUGCUCCCAGCAUGUAAUACAUUGCCUGCUGCAGAUCGAGGUUGGUGAUGAGAUUUUUUCUCACGCUUCUCGUUUUACCCUGGGCAAAAUGGAUCAACCCACUUUCUGGUUCGUGAGGCGUCCCGGAAAAUCGGUUGGGAGUGCUACCUCGAACCUGCUGCUGGGAGACAUGGGUCGGCUUAUUUGCAGGUACCACGCCCAAAGUAGAGCCAAUGUACUCCCUACGGGGUCCGUAAGCACAGCCGCCACAGCAAUUCCCAGCGCUUUCGCUCUCGCUGUCGGCGUCCAACUGCCGCGGCCGGCAAGCUACGCGCCCCCUAUGUCGGCAUUUUCAAUCAAUGGCAUGGUCCUGCAAGAGGCGGCUGCAAACGGGCGGUUGAAGGUUGUGGCCAAGAGAGCAGGCACGCCCCUCUCGAGCCCGUUCGAUGGCCUAGUCCAGCCAGAGUCUCCCAAGGCGCAACUACUCAAAUCAUCUAAUUCGCUCCGUGCCUCUUUCGGCGUGGAGUGGCGACGUGCCUCCGUGACGAGCCGAAGACCAGCUCGAUAG